AGCAAUCAGUAUCUUCUCUUUCCGUUUCUCCUUUCCCUCUGCGCCUCUCUUUCUAUCUCUAUCUCUCUCUCGCCCGCGGUAAAAAUCGUAAAUUUGCAGACAAUUAGAUCCCCAACACCGUGGCAUUUCCGUAAUUAACUCCAAAAACCAUGACGCAAUAUCUACACCAUCGGACAAGUAAGACUCUCUCUCUCUCUCUCACUGCGAUGACACUGAAGCUCAUCAGUAAUUGAUUCCCAACUGAAUCAAAAACGCCAACUUAGGCCCUCUCUCGCUAUCUACUUCUCUUUGUUUGUCCGUACACCACUCACCUGUAAAACCGCCGCCUCCCGCCGCGGUUUCAAUUUCAUUUCCAGAUACGACGUCGGCGCCAAGCGAGACGAGUUUAUCUAAGCCACAGAUACAAUCCAAUACACUAGACGGCCUUGAACUAACCGUCAGCGGUUAAACGACGCCGGACUGCCAUCGCCUGAGUAGUUUACAUAUUCCCAAAUGCGUCGCCGGACUUUCGGGAGCUGAGACGAUGGGCUGCGUUUUGGGCACGGAGGCCGCCGGAGAUCGCCGAAGAUCCGUCGGAGCUGGGCACCGUCGCCGGAGUAUCGAGGCGCCCUCCGGAGUGGAGGCUGUCAGGGAUGAUAGGAAGGAGGCGGUAGCAAGGCAGAGGGAGAAUCACACCGGCGACUUUCCGGCGAUCGAGCGCCGGAAACCUUUCCCGGCGAACCAGCAGGGUUGGCCUUCGUGGCUCUUGGCCGUCGCCGGCGACGCGAUCCAGGGUUGGACCCCUCGUCGCGCCAACACUUUUGAGAAGCUCGCUAAGAUUGGGCAAGGGACUUAUAGCAAUGUAUAUAAAGCAAGAGACUUGGUUACUGGGAAAAUUGUGGCUUUAAAGAAGGUUAGGUUUGAUAAUUUGGAGCCAGAGAGUGUGAAAUUCAUGGCCAGAGAGAUCAAUGUGCUGAGAAAGCUUGACCAUCCCAAUGUUAUUAAACUUGAAGGUUUGGUCACUUCAAGAAUGUCUUGCAGCCUCUACUUGGUUUUCGAGUACAUGGAGCACGAUCUCUCUGGCCUUGCCGCUUCCUCGGGGGUCAAGUUCACUGAGCCUCAGGUCAAGUGCUAUAUGAAACAGCUGCUAUCUGGGCUUGAGCAUUGCCACAACCAUGGUGUCUUGCACCGUGAUAUCAAGGGAUCCAAUCUGUUAAUUGACAAUGAAGGCAUUUUAAAAAUAGCUGAUUUUGGACUGGCUACAUUUUUUGAUCCUGAGCAGAAGCAACACAUGACUAGUCGAGUUGUCACUCUCUGGUACCGCCCACCUGAACUUCUUCUUGGGGCCACUUUCUACGGAGUUGGUGUUGACCUUUGGAGUGCUGGCUGCAUUUUGGCAGAGUUACUCUCUGGGAAGCCUAUUAUGCCAGGACGGACAGAGGUUGAGCAACUGCACAAGAUAUUUAAGUUAUGUGGCUCCCCAUCUGAGGAAUAUUGGAAAAAAUAUAAAUUGCCAAAUGCAACACUUUUUAAGCCACAGCAGCCAUAUAAGCGUUGUGUAGCAGAAGCAUUCAAGGAUUUCCCAGCUUCUUCACUACCUUUGAUCGAAUCUCUUCUAUCAGUAGAUUCUGACGGACGAGGCACUGCCACCACUGCUCUCAAUAGCGAAUUCUUCACUACGGAGCCUUUUGCUUGUGAGCCAUCAAGUUUACCAAAAUAUCCUCCCACCAAAGAAAUGGAUGUAAAGUUACGAGAUGAAGAAGCUAGAAGGCAAAGAGGUCUAAGUGGGAAACCUAAUGCUGCUGAAGGUCCCAGAAGAGUUAAAGCUCGUGAACGAGUCGGUCGGGCAAUUCCAGCUCCAGAAGCUAAUGCAGAGAUUCCAGGAAACUUAGAUAGGUGGAGAGUGAUGACACAAGCAAAUGCCAAGAGCAAGAGUGAGAAAUUCCCACCCCCACAUCAGGAUGGAGCUGUUGGAUACCCACAAGAUACAUCACAUAAAGGCCCAGUAUCAUUUGUCACAACAACUGAUGCUUCAUUUGGAUCAGUGAUCUUUAACACAAAAUCUUCUACAUCUGCUAAAAGCACGGGAGCCAUUGGGGGGCCUUCGAGGAGGAGGAAAACCAAUAGAGACGACCCCCGCAUAGCUCCAUCUCGGAAGUUGAUCCAGGCAUUCAAGCCUUCCUCAAUAGGGCUCUCGAUGAAUUUAUUAUUUAACGGUAAAUAACCGAUUUCUGAGCGUUUUUUGAAAGGUGAAGGUAGAGAGAGAAUCAUUUAAUGUCAAUCAUCUUUUUUGGUCCCUUGAAUUAGGGUUUUCUCUGUCAAGCUUAGCUUGGUUUUUGAAUGCAAGUUUUUUUGUUUUCUCCAUUGUUCACCGUUCCCCCAUUUGUUGUAAUUAACCCUUAUAAGUGUUUCGUUGUAGAAUCUACACAACAGGAACCCCAAAAGGACUCACCGGUAUAUUCAGUGAAAUCGAGUCCCACUUAUGCUGUACAGUAUUUCAAACCAAGUGCUUAAUUUCUUUAUGACUACUACAUAUAGGUACUCAAGUUGUUAAGAACAGUUAUUUUUGUACCCGAUGUCCUAA